AUGAACUUCUUCAAGUCGAAGCCGCGCACACCGCCAGACCUCGUUCGUGGGCUUCGGGACGCGCUGCCGAAGUUGGAGGCUGGGCAGCCAGGGUCGGAGGUGAGACGGAAGGCUGCUGAGGAGGUCGCGAAGAACCUCCAGCAGAUCAAGGCGAUCUUGUACGGCGAUGGCGACCCACUCCCUGAGCUUGUGGCGCAACUGGCAACAGAAACGUACUCAACAGACCUACUCCUCCACCUCCUCGUAAAUAUCCACAAGCUCGAAUUUGAGGCACGGAAGGACGUCGUGCAGAUAUUCAACAAUCUUCUCCGGCGGCAAAUCGGCGCGCGAUUCCCGACAGUCGAAUACCUGGGUACUAAGAAGGAAGUGCUCUUUGCCGCGUUUGACGGGUACAAGAACGAGGACGUCGCGCUCAACACUGGUAUGAUCCUCCGUGAGAUGCUCCGACACGAGCCAUUAGCGAAGAUCUUGCUCCAAUCUGAGCAAUUCUACACGUUCCCGCAUUACAUUGAGACCACGACCUUCGGUGUCUCCUGCGAUGCAUUCGCGAACCUGAAGGAGACGUUAACGCGCCACAAGGCCAUGGUGGCCGAGUACCUAGACAAGAACUACGACCGUUUCUUCAAUACCUACACCACUCUCAUCAGAUCAGAGAAUUACGUGACGAAGCGGCAGUCACUGAAGCUUCUAGGAGAGAUUCUGUUGGAUAGGGCGAAUUUCAGCGUCAUGACGCGGUACAUCGCGGACGAGACAAAUUUGAAGAUGAUGAUGAACCUGCUCCGAGAUAAGAGCAAGAACAUCCAAUUUGAGGCGUUCCAUGUCUUCAAGGUAUUCGUUGCAAACCCGAAGAAGCCAGCAGAAAUCGAGAAUAUUCUCCGGAGAAACAAGGAUAAGCUGCUGAAAUUUCUCAAGGAUUUCCACAACGACAAGGAAGACGAGCAGUUCUCCGAUGAGAAGCAGUUCCUUAUCGGGCAAAUACAGAAUCUAUGA